GGAAACACCUACCGCGCCAAUAUAUUCGUGUGGCAGGCGAUUCUAAUGCUGGCGGACGGCAGCGUCAGGUAUGAGGACACGACGUGGGCCGCGGUUCUUCGCUCUCCGUCCAGCAGCAUGGAAUCGAUCGUCGCGCUCGUCUGUCAAUCGGAGCUCAAGACGAAGGCCGGAUACAGCAAUGUAGCUGACCUGAAAAGCCUAGCAAUGGCAGCGGCUCGAGAAUGCCUUGACAUUACCCUCUCUACCACUGAAGACAUGUUGCUUAGCGAGAGCCUGAGCGAAUCAUCGCAUAAGUUGCCAAGCUGUAUCACACAGCUUCAUACUUUGAUGUGUAUUGGUUUGUAA